UACAGCUUACACUCACACUCGUGACUCACGACUGGGAGGUGUCCAUGGCAACAUCCUCGACAUUGGCAGGUUGUCUCUCCAUAUCUGCGUCUUGAUCAGACUCGCAUCAGCCCUUCACAUCCGACACCCAGAGUUCAGCAACGGCAAGCUGGAAGAAUUUCGCAUCAGGCAGUCCGGAGCUGCUCCUGGCUCGCCUUGCUCCACGGCUUGCCUACUCCCUUGAAGGUGCACCUUUUGGUCCCUCGACGCUUGGUCGUCCGCACCCUCUGCACUCUCGACGCCUCAUCUGGGAGACAUCCCGAGCGUUGAUCAUUUUGCGUGGUCUUGAGCGCCCCAGCAUCUAUCUUCUCCCUAUUUCGUCGCUUUGAAGAUCCUCCUCCCGCAAUGCACAGCCGCGCGUUCUCACUGACAGCAGCAUGCCUGGCGCUGCUGCUGCUCAGUCUGAGCUGCGUCUCGGUGCAAGGUGCAGCCUUGACGACCAUUCUGCAACCUCACGAAAAGUCAUGUUUCUACGCUUGGGUGGACAAAGUUGGAGAAAAGAUUGGUUUCUACUUUGCGGUCCAGAGCGGUGGGAGUUUUGAUAUUGACUAUCACGUUGGAAGUCCUAGCGACCGCACUAUAGUGGAAGGCGUCAAGGAAAGACAGUUGGACAUUGUAUUUACAGGAAACGAGGUGGGCGAGUACGCCUUCUGCUUCGAGAACGACAUGAGCAACUUUGCCGAUAAGAUGAUCGAUUUCGACAUCACCGUGGAGUCAGAGCCGAGGUUAGACUUACCGCUGUCCUCUGCCGCCGCUCUCUCAGAGUCAUCGGCUCCCCUCGAAGAGUCGAUCGGCAAGGUGGAUGCUCAGUUGACGAAUGUGGUCAGAACGCAGCGCUACUUCAGAGUGUGGGAGAAUCGAGGGUACAACACCGUCAAGGGUACGCAGCGGAAAAUGUUUUGGUAUUCCAUCGUCCAAGCCUUGGUGGUCAUCAGCAUCUCGGUCGGGCAAGUGUACGUGGUCAGAUUGCUCUUCGAGAAGGGAAGCACAAAGCGGUACCGUGUAUGAGCAAGUCUGCUUUGUGCGGGCAGACGCAAGGACGAAAUCGAUCAUGCAUCAUCGCAACGCGCACGCCAGAGUGUUGUGUUUGGACCAAAGAUAUCAAGUGGCUACCUUGGUGCAGACCAUGACUCCUCCGUAGAGACCAGAGAUGACAAGCGUGCCAUGUUCCUUUCCAGCAAGCCACUCUGCGCCUGCACUGCUCGGUGUUCCCGGUUCUGCGCCAUCUGUGGACAGGUACAGGCUACGAACGACCCACUCCGCGGCAUUUGGCUUGACCAGACUUUUCGUGAGGUCAAUGGGGGCAUACCUCGUGGAGCGAACC